UUAUUUCUGUAAAAUUGUACAAGUGAAGAAAUUUCAUAUUUCAAAAUAGAGCAAAAAUGACAACAUGGACAAUUGUCAAAUUUGCGGAAGACAACUCAGUGGCCGCAGUCCCUACGAAAUGGGUCAACAAUGAGGAGUGUGCCUGGCCGCCAUUUCCUCCUCACAAUAUCAACGCAGCCAUUAAGAACCAAGCGACCCCAGAUACACAUUGGCCUACGUAUAAAGUGCAUAUCUUUAGGAAUGCUACCUACGAAUCAUAUGCAAAGGCUCGCCGCAAAGCCAAAUUGGCUGAGGACACGAGUGACUUAGGAACGACGACUGAAAACGAGGAAGAGUCCCAAAAAAAAAAAGGAAGAUAUUUAAAAAAAAACAAAGCAGCUCGGAUAGCAACGGUACUGAUGACGAUGCCGGUCCAAGUCAGCUGCCACCACAUCCAACUAUAUGUAAACCCUCUGACCAAAUUAAAUUCAGCUGCAAAUUUGCGAAAAGAUGAAUUUUCCUCCGACAGCGACGUACCUUUGGCAAUAAGUGCUAAAAAAAGAAGGCUCUCACUAGUGCCAGCGGAUGUUAUUGAGGAGGAGGAAAUUGAGAGUAGAGAGACUACCACAUCCUCUCAUCCUGCAACGCCAAUAGUAACUCCAUCAGUGACGCCUUCAGUGACUCCUUCAGCAACUCCGACAAUAACUUCAUCUUCUCGUCGCCUGACGAUUCCAUCACAGUCCACGAAAAAGACAUCCUCUCAGCCUGGAACUCCGUCAAUAACUCCCUCGAUAACUCCCUCAAUAACUCCUUCUCAGACUCCCUUGGCAACGCCGACAGUGACUCCAUCUUCACGUCGCCUAAUUGAAAUUGCAACUCCUGGCAGCUCGAAAGAAAAACCCUGCACCUGCUGCCCUAGACACGCUAGUGAACAUAGAGAUAUACUGCGACAUCUGUUUUUCCUGAGGAGUGUCACAGCCGAUAUAUUGAAGGCAACUACGGAAAAUUUCAAAACCACUAAACCACUGCCAGAUUCAUCGGUAUUUCAAAAAUUCAAAUGUCCUUUGAGCACAGAAGAAGACCUUGGUACUUUUAAUAAUUAUUUGCAAGAUGAAAAAAAUUUCAAUGAAGCGGUCGACGAAAUUGCCAAAUUUGGAGGAAAAAAUUCAUACGAAUUUGUUAAGCGAGCCCUUACUGCUCUUAUCACGAACAAUUUGGCAACAAAUUAUAGCUGGCUGGGACGCCGGGAUAAAACGUCUUUUUACAAUACCGAGAUUGCGAAGCUGGUCAUAAAAGCUUGCGAAACACUGACCAAUGUGACCCAAAAGGAGACAGAAGUUGCCAUUCAAGGUUGGCUGAAAAGAGCGCCUGAACGAGCCAAAAAGGACCAGUAAUGUUUGAAUACCUAUUUCUGUACAUAUUUUAGUUCGUAAUUUUUUCUUUCACUUUAAUUUUUUUUUUGUUUCGUACAGUUGCGAUAAAAAAAAAAAGUAGUACAAGAAUAAACUCCAAAAUCUUUUGGUUUAAUUCAUAACCAAAGGUGCCAUAAUUUAGGCAUUGUUCGACAAGUUUUUAUCCUAGAAAGCUUCCGAUGACAUUCCUUUGGCAUUUUUCAACCUAGUUUAUUUUUUCCCAAGAUAGAUUUUGGCAUUGUCAACUUUCAAACAUAAACAAUGCCGCUUAUUGGUCGCUCUUGUAAAACUGAUGUCAAUAUGCAGAAACACCUCAUUUUGCGACCAAUCAGGGUCAAGCGUGAUUGUUUAUGUUUCAAAGUUUGCAAUGUCAAAAUCUAUCUUGGGAAAAAAUUAAGUGUAGAAUAUGUCUUUCCUAAACUCAACAUAUUUUGAAAUGUUUAUAUACUGUCAACAUUUUGUAUAUUACACCGGAAGCUCAAAUUGGGAUUAUUCAUUUUUGUACUACUUUUUUUUAUCGCAUUAGUACUGUUGUUUAAGUUUAAGGGUGGUGGGUUUGUUAUAUUUAGUUUUAUAGUAUUUUUGUAAUAUUAUUAACAUGUUUCCAUGUAAUUUAAGUUUAAGG